CAUACCUUUCCCCAUACUUAUCGAGUCCUAACUUUCCAGUGUGAUAGAAGCACCAAUUGUACCAAAAGAAAAGGAAAUUUGAUCAAACACUGGGCUAAACCUUUAGCCAUGUUUGUACAAUCUUGACUCCAUUUUCACCAAGAAAAGAAUAAGGGAAACACUUAUGAGUAACAGAACCUCAUGGGGAAGAUCAAGAUUAGUGCAGGUUUUCGCAUUAUUCUAUUUGUACUAGGAUUCAUUUUGGUGGCUGCUCAAAAAAUUCCGACAACUUUAGAUGGUCCUUUUCAGCCUGUGACUCAAAGGUUUGAUUCAUCACUACGUUUAGGCAGUGAUGACUUGCCUAUGGAUCAUCCAAGGCUCAAAAGGAACGUUACAGGAAUGUUUCCAGAACAGAUUGCUCUUGCAUUAUCUACUCCAACUUCAAUGUGGAUUUCUUGGAUAACUGGGGAUGCACAGAUUGGAUUAAAUGUAACUGCACUUGAUCCAUCAACGGUGGCCAGUGAGGUGUGGUAUGGGAAGGAAAGUGGAAAAUAUACAAUGAACAAAACUGGGGUCUCACUGGUUUAUAAUCAGUUGUAUCCGUACGAGGGUCUGUGGAAUUAUACCUCCGGCAUUAUACAUCAUGUGAGAAUUGAGGGUCUUGAACCUGAGACAAAGUAUUACUACAAGUGUGGUGAUAGUUCUUUAGCAGCUGUGAGUGAGGAGUUUGUGUUUGAGACCUUACCAUUGCCCAGCCCAAACAAGUAUCCUCCUCGAAUUGCUGUUGUUGGAGAUUUAGGCCUCACAAGCAAUUCAUCAACAACCAUCGAUCAUCUCACAAGCAAUGAUCCAUCAAUAAUUUUGAUGGUUGGUGACUUAACUUAUGCAAACCAGUAUCUUACAACAGGGGGUAAAGGAGCUUCAUGCUUUUCUUGUCAGUUUCCAGAUGCACCUAUAAGAGAGACGUACCAGCCUCGCUGGGAUGGCUGGGGAAGGUUUAUGGAGCCCCUCAUUUCUAGAGUCCCCAUGAUGGUUGUAGAAGGGAACCAUGAGAUUGAGCCUCAAGCAGCUGGAGUAACAUUCAAGUCGUAUCUAUCAAGAUUCUCUGUUCCUUCGAACGAAUCAGGCUCUAACAGUAAUUUUUACUAUUCCUUUGAUGCUGGAGGGGCACAUUUUAUCAUGUUAGGAGCUUAUACUGACUACAAUCAGACUGGCAUUCAGUAUGCUUGGCUCAAGGAUGACCUGCACAAGAUAGAUCGCAGUGUGACCCCUUGGGUUGUUGCUGCAUGGCAUCCUCCUUGGUAUAAUAGCUACUCAUCUCACUAUCAGGAAUUUGAGUGUAUGAGGCUGCAAAUGGAAGAACUUCUAUACCAAUAUGGCAUUGACAUCGUCUUUUCUGGUCAUGUGCAUGCGUAUGAGCGGAUGAAUCGAGUUUACAAUCACACAUUGGAUCCUUGUGGCCCAGUCUACAUAACAGUCGGAGAUGGUGGUAAUAUUGAGAAGGUUGAUGUUGAUCAUGCAGAUGAACCUGGGAAAUGUCCUUCACCUGGAGACAAUGUGCCAGAAUUUGGAGGUGUAUGUCAUUUGAAUUUCUCCUCUGGACCUGCAAAAGGCCAGUUUUGCUGGGACAGACAGCCCGAGUGGAGUGCAUACAGGGAGAGCAGCUUUGGACAUGGAAUUCUUGAGGUUGUAAAUUCGACACAUGCAUUGUGGACUUGGCACAGGAAUCAAGAAAUUUAUGGGUUAAAAAGCCCUGGUGAUCAAAUCUACAUUGUUCGACAACCUCAGCUGUGUUCUUCUUCUUCUAAGCAUUCUCAAAUAACCCCAUUACCAUCUCCAAAAGAUGCUGCAACUCAAGUGCAAGCCUCUUUGUUCCCUGGAUUCAUGUUUUCUUUGUUUUCCUUGAUUUGUUUUUCCCUUCAAUGGUUGUUGACUUGAGAAAUUGGUGAACGAUCAAGUCCAUUAUCCAGUCAAUCUC